UUAAGAAAAUUGUGUAGUGAAAAAUUAGUAAAUAUCGUGCUUUGUUUUACAGGAUUACAUUGCAGUUGAAGAGAAGAAUGCUAAAUAUCUUCCCCAUUCUGCUGGGAGGUAUGCAUCCAAACGAUUGUACAAGGCACAAUGCCCAAUCGUGGAGCACCUAACCAACUCCCUGAUGAUGCAUGGUCGUAAUAACACCAACAAACUCAUAGCUGUCAGAAUCCACUUAUUUACAGGAGAGUUUGGUGCCGUUGGGGACACCAACAAUUUUGUACCGUCAACAACGUCAUUGUCACCACUGGCCUUUCCAGUGAGUGUUCCCUCCCUUUGGUUACGUGUUCCACUUCCCAACAUGGGGAAGUGGAAACCUUCCUACAAGGUUGUCUCAAAGCGAGUCCUCUUGGUGACGGACAGCCAUGGGAGGGAGCUGCACCAUCUCCUGGAGAGGUCCAGCGACUAUGCAGUGACGGCAAUUGUGUCCCCCAACGGCACUAUGAACUAUAUUGCUGAGAAUGCACUUCUGUACCAACAACAUUACGAUGAAGUGAUAGUGAUGGCUGGGACUAAUGACAUCGAUGACAAAGGUUGUAUCAAUAAUGACUUUUUUGAUGGACUAGGCAAGUUGAUCAAAUUAUCAAAACUGAACAAUGUUAGUAUCAUCAACUUGCCUAGGAGGAGAGAUUGUGUUUCGCCUGCCGUGCAUCGUGCACGUGCAAGCCUGAAUGCAACUUUAAAAAACAUCAAGUGUGCCAAUUUCAUUGACAUUUCCCAUUUUAAAAGAGACUUUUUUACAUGUCAUGGCUUGCACAUGAACAUGCACGGCAAGCAUGAACUUGCUGCCGUCAUUUUAAAUUGUAUUGGUGACAAAUCUGAAAAAAAAAUUUUGUUCACUUUUCACGAACAAGUGAGGCGCAUUAGACGCCCAAAAAACUAA